AAUAGUGUAAACCCACGACUUGGGAAUCGGGAUUGAAAAUGAUAGGGUCUUUAGCAAUAAGAGCUUCCAGAACCUUAUUCAACUCUUCUUCAUUUCCGUCUUCCUUAAUCAAUUGCAGAGUAAAACCCCCUUCUUCCUUCACUAGUCGCCUUCAAAUUCGAUCAAUGGCUGAUUCUUCCUUCAAGAAAAUCCAGAUUCAACGAGAGGACACUAGCUUUGAUGCAUAUGUGGUUGGAAAAGAUGGAGCUCCUGGAAUUGUUGUGCUUCAAGAAUGGUGGGGUGUAGAUUAUGAAAUCAAGAACCAUGCUUUGAAAAUAUCUCAGCUUGAGCCCGGAUUUAAAGCACUUAUUCCAGACUUGUACCGGGGAAAGGUGGGUUUAGAUGCUGCAGAAGCUCAACACUUGAUGGAUGGUUUGGAUUGGGCAGGUGCUAUCAAGGAUAUUGAAGCUUCAGUCAACUGGCUAAAGGCAAAAGGUUCACAGAAGGUCGGAGUGACUGGAUAUUGUAUGGGAGGUGCCCUUACAAUUGCAAGUGCUGUCCUGGUUCCUGGAGUUGAUGCUGCUGUUGGAUUUUAUGGAACUCCUCCACCACAACUUGCUGAUGCUUCUAAGGCUAAAGUUCCUGUCCAAGCUCAUUUUGGGGAGUCAGAUAGCAUUGCUGGGUUUUCAGAUUUGGCUGCUGCCAAAAGCUUGGAGGAAAAGCUGAAGUCAUCUGGUGUGGCAUAUGAGGUACACAUCUAUCCAGGCAGUGGGCAUGCUUUCAUGAACAUGUCUCCCGAAGGAAUCGAGAGGAGAAAGGCCAUGGGAUUGGACGAUGUGAAUGAAUCUAACGUUGAUCUCGCAUGGUCUCGCUUCCAGUCAUGGAUGACUCGUUACUUGUCCUAAGCACUAAGCAGUGUGUUUGUCUCUUUACUUAUUACCUGUAACUGGAAUCUUAGGCUUGAUAUUUGCUCUUUGAAAUAAUUUCUAAAUUUGUGAUGGUACAAUGUAUUAUGAGGUUUAUGAAAAUGAAAAGUUGGAAACUAUGAAUGGUAAUAAAAAGGGAGACAACUCUUGUAGGC